GUAUUUCUACACCUAUAAAAUUUUAAGGUCUCAAAACGUUCGUGCGUGCUUUGCAAGGAUAACAAAUAAAGCGUGAUCAGAUAUUUGUGUUAUGGGGCGUUUGCGUCGCAAACCAAAUUUGUUUAACGUGUGCUCGACGACGUAAAAUGCCAAAGCGACGAGGAUUGACGCACGUAAAGCGUCUCGCCUGAGUAAAUAAAAGGGAAACCUCAAUUAGAUCGCAAAGUUUUUACUCCACUCACGCAAAAGUUUCAAUAUUAGCAAGAAAAGGUGUGCUGUCAAGGGUUAGACCACAUUUUUACGCCAUCUUGAUUCGAUUCUUUGUGCGUAUUAUUUAUUUAGCGAAUUGUUUAAAAGGGACGCUAGUCCGUGGUGACGGUCAUGUCAACGGUCUCAGCUUUAGUCGAAAACAUCAUGAACACAGAGAUUACAAACGUAGUUCCUAUUCGGCUGUGCAAUUUUCAAGCCGGAGAGAAAGAUUCGGAGACGCAAGAUCGAAAUAUUUUCAUCACAGUUGAGCUUCAGAACGCUAAUGGAAAAUAUUACCAGAUUGGAAGGUCUGGCGUUAUAUCCGCACAGAAUGAAUCGAGCGUCAAAAUAGAUCACUGCAUACAAGCUCCAUAUUUCUUUGCUGAACUUCAGCGGAUGAAAUUUGUUGUAUACGAUGCGCCUAAAGAAACUGAAGAAAACCAAUCUAAUGAAAACGAACCAGUAACAUGCACAAUUGUUACUGUAGCACAGAUUGUUGUUGCACAAGAACUGAAAAUCGAUUUCCAGAAUAACAUUGGAAGUAUUACGGUACGAACUGAAGAAGUUGAAGACAGUCGAUACGUCGAAUUUGAUAUUUGCGCAGAAAAACUCGAGAAAAAGGAUUUGUUUGGGAAAAGCGAUCCAUACCUCGAAAUAUCACACAAAGAUAAAGAUGGGAAAUGGACAGUGAUUCAUAAAACUGAGCAUGUUAAAGAUACAUUGAACCCUCACUGGGCUGAAUUUGCGAUCAGAUACCAGUUGCUUUGCGGUCAAGAUCCAGAUAAAGACGUGAAGUUUUCGUGUUACGAUUACGAUCGGACCGGCAAUAACGAUUUAAUCGGGGAAGCAUUCAUUACUCCUUCACAAAUAUUACAAACGACAUCGCCUCUUUGCUUCGCUCUCUCCAACGUGAAGAAAAAAUCAAAGAAGAAAGGGUUCGGAAGAAUAACAAUAAAGAAAGCAAAAAUAAAAAGAGAUGCAUCAUUUGUGAGUUAUAUGCUUGCAGGUUGUCGUCUUCAUUUAACGUGCGCAAUUGAUUUCACUGGUUCAAAUGGAGAUCCGAAGCAGAACGCAUCUUUACAUUAUACCGGAAGUGCAAACCCAAAUAAAUAUGUUCUGUCAAUGCGAGCCAUCGGACACAUUCUCCAAGACUAUGGAUGUGAAAAGCAAAUAACCGCCUAUGGGUUUGGAGCCAAAAUUCCGCCAGAGAACCAGAUCUCGCACGAUUUCGCUCUCAAUUUUAACAACGAGAAUCCAAUUUGUUCUGGAAUGGAAGAACUUCUGCAAGCAUACAAUAAAGCUCUUGAAAAUGUAAAGUUAUGGGGACCAACUAAUUUUUCACCCAUAAUCAACCGAGUGGCCGAUGCGGCUGAAAAACACGAAGGACGAUUGGAGUAUCAAGUUCUUCUCAUCUUGACUGACGGCGUGGUGACAGAUAUGGAUGAAACGAAAAAGGCUCUUGUCCGCGCUUCAAAACUUCCAAUUUCAAUCGUCAUUGUUGGGAUUGGAAAUGCAGACUUCAGUGAUAUGGAGUUUAUGAGCAAAGGAGCAAAGCAUAUCAAGACUCAAGAAGGAGAGUGCGCUGCAAGAGAUAUUACUCAGAUUGUCUCAUUCCGAAAGUUUAAUUUUGAAUCGAUGGAUACACUCGGUCGCAAUUUGUUGCAAAAAAUCCCAUCGCAACUCGCCGAAUACUUUGCGUCUAAGAAAAUCGAUCCAACGUCAGGUCAUUCAAGUCCACGACGUGAAAACGGCGAAGUUAAGAAACAACCAGAAAUAAACGAAACUCAAACUCCGGUUAAAAAACGACAGGCGCCAAAGGAACCGCCAAAGCAAGAGAUUCCAGAUCAAGAAACGCCAGAAACCCAACAAAAUCACUUGGAGAUUGAAAAUGGAAAACCUGAGAGUCCAAAAAGAAGUCCUCGCGUUAGCGAGAGCGAUGCGAACCAAGAUCAGGUUCAGGAACAAGCCGUGAAAGACAAUCCAGAUGUGGAAAUUUCAGCGUUUUAACUGAAAAUAAACGAGAUUAAAUCAAAAUUUGGGGGUAGAUGUUUCUAAAAUAAACGGUUUGAAUAAACGGUGUGACCGAAAAUGACGGUUUGACAGUUAUUAUGGUCGAUCAUUCAAUCCUUCGAUUAAAAACCACAAACUCUAUUUUACUGUUCCUUCACUUUUCUAAAUAUAUUUUGAACACCCAUUUUGUUUCCAACCAAGACGCAAACGAACUUGAUCAUAGUUUAAGACUAUCAGAUUCAGAUUCAGAUAUUUUUAUCUAGCUUUUUCCAAAAGAAACGGUUUAGAGAAAACGACGGUUUUCAAGCUUUCAAUACGAUGAAUUGAAAAAAAUAAAUAUUUCUUUUGACCUUUCUUGUAGCCUACUUUUUUAAUUAUUUCUGGAUACUUUUGAAGACCCAUUUUGUUUUAACCAUAAGGGUAUCUUCUAAUCGCUUUUGAUCAUACUAUUCUUCGAAGAUCUUUGGUCAAAUGGAUUGGAAGUCUGUAAAUCUGGACCUUAUGGGUUAUCUCUUUUACAAAUAAGUUUAUUACAUAAAUGAAUAUAAAACGUUGCUUUUCGUAUCUUCAAAUGUAUAACUAAGCCAUUAAUUUUUCAUUGCUUUUGUAUAAAAUUCCGCCUCCUUCACAUAUUGUGUAUUGCGAAACAUAAAAUGCAUGCGUAAAUAUAAAUUCGAUACUGUUCA